AUGUCUAGAAAAAGACGAUAUUCGUCGAUUGAUAUCGCCAUGCAAAUGCAAAGGAUCAAUCACCGUCCGUGGGCAGCACUUUUAAACCAUAAAGUGACCCGUUCGCUGAUCACUGUUGCACUCCUGGUACUUUUGUUGGUCCCUUCUGGGGUGGUGAUGAAGGUGUUUAUACAGCUCUCGGUUAUAUUGUCAAAUUAUCCAGAUGGUCUUAUCAAGGCCUGGUCUUCUAGCUCAAUUAAGGAUGUAUUUACCACCAGCCAGAUAGACGUACAUGUUCUUGCUGCAUCCUCCUCUUCAGAAACAGCUGUUCGUGUCAUUUACUCUCCGUUUCCUGUCUGUUUCCGUCUCUCAUCAUCCGAUAAUUACGAUCUCUUCAACAGCAGAGCACUCAACUUAUUUUUAUUUCCAUUUUCAGACGAGCGGUUUUGGCAGCUGAUCCUCUGCCGACUAGAGCAUUUUCAUCUAGGGUUCUUUUUGAUAGGAAGUGUGAACAAUAUCUGGUUGACCUACAAGAUUCUCGAUGAUAUGUUCGAUUUGGUCUUGAUAGGUUCAGACACACUCCAAGACGGGGUCCAGGUAGAAGGAGAAGAGGAAGAGGAAGAGGAGGAGGAAGAGCCCAAUCUACCUACGAUCAAUCGUCGAGUGGGAAAACUUGUCAAGAGCAUGUUACUCUUCCAUUGUUGCACUCUUGUGGUUCUGUUUUGGAUUCAUUUCAAUUUGUUAGCUUUCCACACAGAUUCACCCCAAAAUGACCCCCAGACGUACAACACUCGUCAAUUUUUAGCAGAAUUGCCUAUGUGGACCCUCCGUUGGGUUACCCUUGGCAUUGCAGUAGGAGAUUUUGCGCUACGGAGUAUUUAUCGAUGGCUGGGACGCAUCAGCAAUUGUGUUGCAGAAGAAGAGGUGCUCACAUCGCCUGAAAAUCAACCAUUACACUAAUUUACAUACAUCUCAUAUACACCCACCCACCCAAGUAUAUACAUAUAUACAUAUAUACAUAUAUAAAUGUAUACAUAGAUACGUUUUGUUCACUAGAUAAUACGAUCAUACAGUCUUCAAAAUUAC